AUGGGCCUGUUCAUGGACUACGGCUUCUACACGCGCACUGGAGGCAGAGAGGAGGUGGUCGUGGAGGCUGGGCAGGUGCCUGCGUCAGCUGUCGACCUCGCACGGAGCAACUUCUCCAGGGAGCUGAAGGCGCUGCGGCGGUCGUUCCGCUACAACGAGUACGCUAGGAUCGAGCAGGAAAUGCACCCGUCGGGCUUCUUCGCGAAGCUCGGCUGGGCUGUGGGCCGCGGCUUGGUGGCCAUCUUCACCCCGCUCGAUGUCAAGCUCGAGGAGGCGGGCGUUCUGCCCAAGCUCCGGCCCAGCAAGCAGAUUGAGGCGCUCAUGGGCGAGGACGCGCCGCGCAUCGUGGAGAACCGCAAGAAGCUCGCCUCGCUCAAGCUCUCCAACAAGAAAGUCUGGGACCGCGAGCACGCCCGCCGUGCCGCGGAGAAGGCAGCAGGCAAGCCCGAGCCCGGCCUGGCGGUCAACAUCCCGUACCUGUCCGUCUGCGUCCUGCUGGACUACCUCUUCGACAACCGCCCCAUCCAGCGCUUCUGGUUCCUCGAGACGGUCGCCCGGAUGCCCUACUUCGCCUACACGUCAUGUUUGCACCUGUACGAGUCGCUCGGGUGGUGGCGCGCCGGCGCGGAGCUCCGCCGCGUGCACAACGCCGAGGAGUGGAACGAGCUGCAGCACCUCCUGAUCAUGGAGUCCCUCGGCGGCGACAAGAACUGGAUCGACCGCUUCAUGGCGCAGCACGCGGCCGUGAUCUACUAUUGGAUCCUGGUCGCCAUGUACACCCUCUCGCCGCCCACGUCGUACGCUUUCUCGGAGCUGGUCGAGGGGCACGCCGUGGACACGUACGCCGAGUUCCUCGACGAGAACGAGGAGCUCCUCAAGUCGCUCCCGGCCCCGAAGGUCGCCCGCGACUACUACGCGGGCCCCGACCUGUAUCUCUUUGACUCGUUUCAGACCAGCAUGCCGCAGCGCGGCACGCGGCGGCCGAAGAUCAACAACCUGUACGACGUGUUCGUGGCGAUCCGCGACGACGAGGACGAGCACAUCAAGACCAUGGUCGCGUGCAAGGAGGGCGAGGUGCAGGAGUCGCUGUCCAAACAGCGCGAGGAACUACUCAAGAAAUAA